GGGAGUGUGUGGGGUUGUGUGAGGGGGAGUGUGUGUGUGGAGGGAAGAGUACUGAGCCACAAUGUUGCAAUUGAAGCCUUUCUUUGAUGUGAAGGCUGAUGUUGUUCCUUGGCUUGUGGACAGCGGACUGACACUCCCCAGUGACCCUGAUGAAUCUGCUGGCUCUCCAGAAGUACAGGUGCACAUUGUCAAUGUUGAAAAGAAUGGAAGCAUCCUGUACACUUGGAAGGGUAAAAAGGGAACCACAUGCAUUGGCUUCUAUGAUCCGCACAAGAAGCAAAACAAGCUGCUAUAUACCUUUGACCGAGAGGUGCAUUUGGUCAGCUGUUCUGUCAACCUGGACCGAACAUUACUGGCUGCAAGUGUCCUGCCAUACAAUGUAAAAGGUUUACCGAAUGAAUUCCUCAGACCAGUCUCCAGGUGUUUGACCUUGCUGAUUGAGAUUCACCCAAUAAAUAACACAAGGGUCUUAAAGGCUGUGGACACUCAUGUCAGAGUUCAGUUCCUCUCUCCUGCUUCAGAUAUGAAGUCAUUUCCUGAGAGCCAUUUACUGGUAAUUUCUGAAGACAGAUGUAUUGAACACUUUCACAUAAGUGUAGUUAUCGAGGAAGGUUACAGAGUGAUGAUUAAGAAUCCGGACCGACUUCCCAAGGAUAUCGUGGUUGAAGAUUUCCUGUGGGCGCAGUGGGAUGCUCAGGGACAGAGGCUGUUUUGUAUUGUUGAAAAGGAAAGGGAAGCGUUUCUGACCUGCACCCAGUUUUCCCCUGACACUAACUAUGAAACGUUGCUUUCAGUACCUCUCGGAUUUCCUUUAACCAUCUCAAGAUUAUGCCUCGUCAGUUUCGGAAUCGAUCAUUUCCGAGAGCAACAGGAAUCCUCUGAAACCCCGAAGCUGCAAGUCUUCACAAGUCAUACAGGGGGUAUGUGUAUGUGCCACAGUCACCCUGUGCACACUGAGCGUGAAUUCUCCUACUCAGUGACUCUUCUACAUCACGGCUGCAGAAAAACAUUCACCGUCUCUUUGGAGACGACUGAUAAUCCCUGCGCGAGUGAGCCAACCUUUAUAAACUUUGUAAACCUUGGAUAG